AGUCUAAUCCGAAAAUAAAGUUACGGUUGCUCCAUCUAAGCUGCAUACGAGGAGGGAACAUAGCAGAAACCGAAAGCAGAAGAGCCGAGAACGAACAGCUCAUUUUUUUUUUCCUGAGAAAUACAGAGAGCAAAGAUGACAACUCUAAGAGUGCCAGAUAUGGUUCCUACUCCUGAAGAGGACGCUCAGAAACUCAGGGAAGCUCUCCAAGGUGCCCCUGUUUCUUCUCCACUUGCUUUCUUGCAAGGAAAUGGAGAGGAAGAGAAGUUGUUGAUAAGGAUAUUAGGACAUAGAAAUGCAACCCAAAGGAAGCAGAUCAGGGAAAUGUAUCAGCAGCUUUACAAUGAAAAUCUCAUUGAUCGUAUCAACUCUGAAAUCUUUGGUGAUUUUAAAGAUGCAUUGAUUAUGUGGACAUAUGAUCCUGCAGAAAGGCAUGCAAUACUAGCACACAAAUCAUUGAAGAAAAAAUUCAGUGUUAAACGCCUACAAGUGAUAGUUGAGAUAGCCUGUGCCUCGUCCCCUUACCAUCUCAUCGCAGUGAGGAAGGCAUAUUGUUCUCUCUUUGAUUGCUCACUUGAAGAAGAUAUUGUGUCCAUAGUUCCUUUCGCCCUGAGAAAGCUUCUACUGGGUCUAGUGAGCUCCAUCAGGUAUGAUAAGGAACUGGUGGACACAGAAUUAGCCAAAUCAGAAGCAGAUGUGUUACAUCACGUCAUCACAUCAAAGCGAUUCGAUGAUGAUAAAGUUAUUCAUAUACUUAGCACGAGGAACUUCUAUCAGCUUAGAUUAACUUUUGAGUGCUACAGAAACAAACAUGCUAAUUCUAUUGAGCAGGAUAUCAAGAAUGGUGGGAAGGGUGAUAUGGUAUCUCUAUUGAAAAUGGUCAUUUUAUGCAUUGACCACCCAGAAAUGCACUUUGCAGAGGUUAUCAGAGAUUCCAUUCUGGGUCUUGGUACAGAUGAGAAAGCUCUAAGCAGAGUAAUUGUGACUAGAGCUGAAAUUGACAUGAAGAAUGUCAAAGAAGUGUACCCUCACAUAUAUAAAUGCACUGUGGAAGAUGAUGUAGUUGGAGAUACAUCAGGAAGCUACAAGGACUUCUUACUCACAUUGACUGGGGAUAAAUACUAACUCUUUCAGCCCAUAUCUAUAUUUCAUUUUAUUUCUCAAACGACCUUGUAUUGCUCAU